AUGAAGUGCAUCGGCAUCUUCCCCGGCUCAGGAGGCCUAGGCGGCAGCACCUACGAUUACCUCUUGAAACUUCUUCCCAGCGACCACAUCAUCCUCAUCAACCGUCACCCGGAACGAGUACCUCAAGAACACAUCAAGAACGGCCUCCGCGCACGCAAGGCGUCAUACGAGUCGAGCCUUUCUGAUCUCGAGGCUGCGUUUGCCGGUAUCGAGGUGCUCUUCCUCAUUUCCUAUCCAAGUCAUGUGCACGAGUACCGCAAAAAGGUGCAACUACCAGUCGUCAACGCAGCUCGUCGCGCAGGCGUGAAACACCUCUUUUACAGCUCCCUAGCCUUCGGCGGCGACUUGCAAGAUGAAUCUGUAGCGGAGGUAAUGCAGGCCCACCUCUCGACGGAGCGCCACCUAGCCUCCGUCGCGGCCUCGGACCCCAGCUUCACCUACACAUCCAUCCGCGAGGGUCUCUACUCGGAGUCGUACCCAAUCUACACCUCUUUCUUCGACAUCAACUCUCCCUCCUCCUCGAACGAGAUCCUCAUUCCGCAUGACGGCGCCGGUCCGGGCGUGGCGUGGGCGAAGCGCAGCGAGUUGGGGGAGGCGACGGCGAAACUUAUCGCGCAGUAUUCCUGGGACCCGGAGCAAUUCCCUCACGUCAAUAAAAAAGUCUUGCUUACCGGUUCGCGGGUCUGGUCUCUUGAGGAGACGGUGAGGGUGCUUAGGCGGGCUGUCGGGAGGGACGUGAGGAUCCGCGAGGUGAGCGUGGAUGAGUACGUGAAGUUGCCGCAGGUUUUGGCGAAGUUCGGGUCGGUGGAGAAGGCGAGGACGUGGGCGACGGCGUGGGAGGCGAUUCGGGCGGGGGAGACUUCUGUUGUGUCGGAGACGUUGAGGGAGAUUAUCGGGCGGGACCCGGAGGAGUUUGAUGUCACGAUACAGAGGUUGAAGCAAGCAUGA